AUUUGUUUUCAUUUCCUUUUAUUCCCUUAUGUUUUUUGUUUUUUUUUUUUUUAAAUUUUGAUUUCUGUUUCUGUUUUCUCUUGCUGUUGUUUUCGUUUUCCCUGCGACUGAACCAAGCUGAACAAUUCCCCUCUGCCUCUGCUUCUGCCUCUCCCCUUCCGUCGUUUUCUCUUUAAGUUCUCUGCAGCUCCGCUUCUCCUCCUCCUAAUGGCAUUUAUUUUGCCUCCUUCCUCGACAAGCCUAUGGCUCUCUCUGGCAUCAUAGGCUAUGAUUAGUUUGUUCCUCGUGCAUUUCCUUUGAAAUUUAGGUUUUUCUCGAUAAAUCGUAAAUCAAAACUUUGCCCAGAGUAUUGAGACCACCGGAUUCCACUGUCAUGCAAAGACAGGCUUUUUCUUUUGCAUGAUCAACUGUAGGAAAAAUCGGCUUCUGCUGCUCUUGUUCCCGGUGUUGGUGUUUCUAUCUUUUUUCGUUUUGAUUGUAGAAAGCAAUAAUAUGGGCUAUCUCAAUUCAGUCUUGUCAUCAUCAAGCCAGAUUCACGCUGAUGAUUCACCUGUUAGCGGUGGUGGCCUCAGUCAAAAUGGGAAGUUCAGCUAUGGAUAUGCAAGUUCUCCUGGGAAAAGGUCUUCAAUGGAAGAUUUUUAUGAGACCAGAAUUGAUGGUGUUGAUGGAGAGAUAGUUGGUCUGUUUGGAGUAUUUGACGGUCAUGGAGGUGCUCGAGCUGCAGAAUAUGUUAAGCAAAACCUUUUCAGUAAUUUGAUAAGCCAUCCAAAGUUCAUUUCUGACACCAAAUCAGCUAUAGCUGAUGCAUACAACCAUACAGACUCAGAAUUUCUGAAAUCAGAUAAUAAUCAGAACAGAGAUGCUGGAUCAACUGCUUCCACUGCCAUCCUUGUAGGCAAUCGUUUGCUGGUUGCAAAUGUUGGGGAUUCCAGAGCUGUUAUUUGUAGGGGCGGUAAUGCCAUUGCUGUUUCUCGAGAUCACAAACCAGACCAAACAGAUGAGCGUCAACGGAUUGAGGAUGCAGGGGGUUUUGUGAUGUGGGCUGGAACUUGGAGAGUUGGAGGGGUUCUUGCUGUGUCUCGUGCAUUUGGCGACAGGCUUUUGAAGCAGUAUGUUGUUGCUGACCCAGAAAUUCAGGAGGAAAAGGUUGAUAGCUCCCUUGAGUUUCUUAUCCUUGCAAGUGAUGGGCUGUGGGAUGUUGUCUCUAAUGAGGAAGCAGUCACAAUGAUUAAACCAAUUGAGGACCCAGAGGAGGCAGCGAGGAGGUUGAUGCAGGAAGCAUAUCAGAGGGGCAGUGCAGAUAAUAUUACAUGCGUUGUGGUUCGGUUCCUGGCUAACCAAGGAGGUUCCUCUCGUAACAGCUCUGGAUGAAGCAUAUUUUCGUAAAUUAAGUUCCUAGUGUUCGAUUCUCAACCUGUGAAAAAUGGGGCAGAAAUAAAAUACAUUGAUUUAUAGUGAAAAACAAAAACUACUGUAGGAUUGUACUUCUUUAAGCUAUAGAAAAACCGAAGACACCUUGCUGGCAGCUAAAGUGCAUUGCUUAAUAUAUAUCAGCCUCUAGAAUAGAACUAUAUAAAGUUUUAGCUUGUUCUUUACGUGGCUCGUGGAUUUGUAGCUAGAAGAAUUGUGGGUUGUGGGUGUUCGAAUCUGUAAAGACGAAGUUAACAUUUGAGUGUGUAGUAACUCUGGUGUACACUUUCUUUUCCAUUGCUCCUCUCAAUUUUUAUGCAUAUUCUGCGUUUCUG